GGCGCCGGCCGCCCCGGAGCCCGCACGUGCGCUCGGGUUGGGGAGGUUUCCGGGCCGGGCCAUGGACACCCCUCGGAGGCGCAGCCGGCGGCUGGGAGGCCUGAAGGCGGAGUCUCCCGGGAGCCCCACCGCGGUUCUGCGGGCGAGGCGAGCGCUUGCGGGAUUCGAGUCGAACCCAGAGGAACCGAGGGAGCCCGCGUCUCCGCGGCCUGUGCGGCCGCCCGGCCUGGAUUCCCCCGGACGCCAGCCGGAGACACGCCCGGGAUCGCCCAGGCUGGGGCAGGGGGUAGGCCCGGGGUCCCCCCAGGGUCAGCAAGAGCCAGGCCUGGGGUCCCCCCGGAGGGAGCCGGGUCCGGACCCGGGGUCCCCCCAGGGUCAGCAAGAGCCAGGCCUGGAGUUCCCCCGGAGGGAGCCGGGUCCGGACCCGGGGUCCCCCCAGGGUCAGCAAGAGCCAGGCCUGGAGUCUCCCCGAAGACAGCCAGCGUCGAGUCCGGAGCGCCCCCGACGUGAGCCCGGGCCAGGAGGGGGGUCCCCGCAGGCCGUCCAGAGCCGCGGAGAGCCGAGCCCGAAGUUGGCCCCGACUGCGGAGGAUCUGGCCCAGCCGCCGGGCCCCGGGUCACCCGAACCCCACCCCGGACAGCCAGCGCCGGGCCCGGAGCCCUCGCCGCCGCUGCAGGAGCCCGCACCCCCGCCACCCGGCUCCGCCCCCGGCCCGCACCUGCCGAGCCAGCCGCCUCCGGCCCGGGAGCCGGGGAGAGGUGGCCUUUGCCCAAAGAAGCGAAAAGGGUCUCUACCACGGGCCCCGGCGUCCAAGAAGCUGGAGGAGGAGGUGGCGGUUCCGUUAAUCCCGAAGGGAAAGCCCAAGUCGGGGCGGGUGUGGAAGGACCGCGCCAAGAAGAGGUUCUCCCAGAUGGUGCAGGACAAGCCCCUGCGCACCUCCUGGCAGCAGAAGAUGAAGGAGCGGCAGGAGAGGAAGCUGGCCCGGGACUUCGCACGGCACCUGGAGGAGGAAAAGGAGCGGCGCCGGCAGGAGAGGAAGCAGCGCCGCGCCGAGAACCUGCAGCGCCGCCUGGAGAACGAGCGCAAGGCCGAGGUCGUCCAAGUGAUCCGAAACCCCGCCAAGCUGAAGCGGGCGAAGAAGAAGCAGCUGCGCUCCAUCCAGAAGCGGGACACGCUGGCCCUGCUGCAGCAGCUGCCCCGGCCGGCGGCCCAGGACUGAGCCGGACAGCGAGCCUGGAGCGGGCACGUGCCGUCACACACACACACACACACACACACACACACACACACACACCCCUGCCGGGCCGCACUCCUCUGGCCCGGGAGAGGAAGCCGCUCCAGUGGGCCCUGAGUUCCCGGCCGGGCAUGUCUCUGGAGGGAGCCGGGCCCUGGCAGAGGUUGGGGGCAGGGCCAGGGGAGGAUCAGCUUCCCAGCGGCCCCCCUUCUUCCCUCCCCACCCACCCCUGCUCCUUCCCCAAGUGCCUUCAAGCUCAGGAGAGCCAUUCUUCUGCCUCCUGAGGGAGCUGAAGGGUGACCCUCCAAAUGUGCAUGUUCUGGGUCAAGGUCCGGGCCCUCCCAGACCAGGAGGCCGCAGGGAGAACCCAGCUCCCCAUCCCUUCCCGAGCCGCUCUGGGCACCUCUGCACCCACUGAGCCCAGCUCCACCCACUUUCAGCACUGAAGGGUGAAGACGGGAGGUGGCGGGGUUCCCCUCCAGCCCCCUCUCCGGUACCAGCCUCCGCAGAAGCCCCAAAGAUGUGCCGAACUCAUGCCCAUCCAGGCUACAA